ACUCUCGCCCCAUGCCCACCCUCGCCGGCACACGCGCUCACACCCGCGUGGGCACACUCCACCACCACCUCCAGGCACACCCUAGGAUUCCUCCACUCUCCUGGGGAGACGCACCAGGCUCUGCCUAGUCUCCCCGCCCCCUCCCACUACACUCCCCCCACUCACGCGCGCGCCCCUCUACACACACACACACACACACACACACACACACACCCUCGCGCAGAGUCACUCCCCCUCGCACGCCCUCGCCCUGGGCACCCUCCCGCGGCUAGGCUCCCGGGUCCUCCUCCUCUGCUCCCUCCGCUGCCUGGCGGCUCUGCGAUCUCGCGCCCGGCCUGGGGCCGCUCGGCCCGUGGGGGAUCGGUGGGGAGCGGAGGGCGCAGCCUCGCCGCCUCCCCCGGACUCUCCUCUCCGCCCCGCCCGCGCCGCGCCCCCACCGCCUCCUCGGGAGAGGGACCUCGGGAGAGGCAGCCCGUGGCCGGCCCGACUCCGCUCCGCGCGGCACCGGCAGCGGCGGGGGCAGGGAACGAGCGAACCCGAGCUCACGAGCCCUAAAGCGGAGCGACUAGGCGGGGAGGAGACGCGCUGCCGAGCCGGGGCUGGAGCGGUGGUGGCGGCGGCGACAGCGGGGGAGGGACGGCCCCCCGGACGGACCGACGCACGAACCGACCGAGUGAGGGAGGGACGAGCGAGACUUCGCCGGCGAGGAGGAGCCGCCCGAGCGGCGGCUGCUGGGCGCUUCCCCGCGCUGCUGGGCGCUCUGCGCCUCGGCGGCCCCCGGCCGCAGCUUCCUCGCGCGCGCGGGGCGCGGGGCCUGGGGCUGGCUUCGGCGAAGGGGUCACUGAACUAACUCCAAACUGGUGUGCACAGUGUCUGAGCAGCUACCAGCCCAAAAGCUGGAGUCACCAUGGCGGCGGGAGUUGCAGCCUGGCUGCCUUUUGCCCGGGCUGCAGCCAUUGGAUGGAUGCCAGUGGCCAACUGCCCCAUGCCCCUAGCUCCAGCUGACAAGAACAAGCGGCAAGACGAGCUGAUUGUCCUCAACGUGAGUGGGCGACGGUUCCAGACCUGGAGGACCACUCUGGAGCGCUACCCGGAUACUCUGCUGGGCAGCACAGAGAAGGAGUUCUUCUUCAAUGAGGACACCAAGGAGUACUUCUUUGACCGCGACCCAGAAGUUUUCCGUUGCGUACUCAACUUCUACCGCACUGGGAAGCUACACUACCCGCGGUACGAGUGCAUCUCUGCCUAUGACGAUGAGUUGGCCUUCUAUGGCAUCCUCCCUGAGAUCAUUGGAGACUGCUGCUACGAAGAGUACAAAGACCGCAAGCGGGAGAACGCAGAGAGGCUCAUGGAUGACAAUGACUCUGAGAACAACCAGGAGUCCAUGCCCUCACUCAGCUUCCGGCAGACCAUGUGGAGGGCCUUCGAGAACCCACACACCAGCACCCUGGCCCUGGUCUUCUACUAUGUGACUGGCUUCUUCAUUGCCGUCUCAGUCAUCACCAACGUGGUGGAGACGGUGCCAUGCGGCACGGUGCCCGGGAGCAAGGAGCUGCCAUGUGGAGAGCGCUACUCAGUGGCCUUCUUCUGCCUGGACACUGCCUGCGUCAUGAUCUUCACCGUGGAGUACCUCCUCCGGCUCUUCGCGGCACCCAGCCGAUACCGCUUCAUUCGUAGUGUAAUGAGCAUCAUCGACGUGGUGGCCAUCAUGCCCUAUUACAUCGGCCUCGUCAUGACCAACAAUGAGGAUGUGUCCGGGGCCUUUGUCACGCUCCGGGUCUUCCGCGUCUUCAGGAUCUUCAAAUUCUCUCGACACUCCCAGGGUCUCCGAAUCCUGGGGUACACCCUGAAGAGCUGUGCCUCGGAACUGGGCUUUCUCCUCUUCUCCCUCACCAUGGCCAUAAUCAUCUUUGCCACUGUGAUGUUUUAUGCCGAGAAGGGCUCCUCUGCCAGCAAGUUCACGAGCAUUCCUGCGUCUUUCUGGUACACCAUCGUCACCAUGACUACACUUGGAUAUGGAGACAUGGUGCCUAAGACAAUUGCAGGGAAGAUAUUUGGCUCCAUCUGCUCCCUGAGUGGUGUCCUGGUCAUUGCUCUGCCAGUCCCUGUGAUAGUCUCCAACUUUAGCAGGAUCUACCACCAGAACCAGAGAGCAGAUAAACGCAGGGCGCAAAAGAAGGCCCGCCUUGCCAGGAUCCGUGUGGCCAAAACAGGAAGUUCCAAUGCCUACCUGCACAGCAAGCGCAACGGGCUCCUCAAUGAAGCCCUGGAGCUGACGGGCACCCCAGAAGAGGAGCACAUGGGCAAGACCACCUCACUCAUCGAGAGCCAGCACCACCACUUGCUGCACUGUCUAGAAAAGACCACUGGGUUAUCCUAUCUUGUGGAUGAUCCCCUGUUAUCUGUACGAACCUCCACCAUCAAGAACCACGAGUUUAUUGAUGAGCAGAUGUUUGAGCAGAACUGCAUGGAGAGCUCAAUGCAGAACUACCCAUCUACCAGAAGUCCUUCUCUGUCCAGCCAUUCCGGCCUUACCACCACCUGCUGCUCCCGCCGCAGUAAGAAGACCACACAUCUGCCCAACUCCAACCUGCCAGCCACUCGCCUGCGCAGCAUGCAAGAGCUCAGCACGAUCCACAUCCAGGGAAGUGAGCAGCCCUCCCUCACCACCAGUCGCUCCAGCCUUAAUUUGAAAGCAGACGACGGACUGAGACCAAACUGCAAAACAUCCCAGAUUACCACAGCCAUCAUCAGCAUCCCUACUCCCCCAGCUCUAACCCCAGAGGGAGAGAGUCGACCACCCCCUGCCAGCCCAGGACCCAACACGAACAUUCCUUCCAUAGCCAGCAAUGUUGUCAAGGUCUCAGCCUUGUAAAAACACUGGACAGAGGGCCCGAGGGGGCAGUGGGGAGUAAAGGGGGCUGGCAUGUGGGUGGGUGGCCAGUAAGACCACUCCCUCCCCCUUUCCCGCUAUUUCUGCCUGCCCCGUUGCACCCCUAGCCCUGAGACUUGUGUCUGGAAGGGAAAGGAAGCAGCAAAGGGCACCUGAGGCUCCUGCUGCUGGUGUGGACACAGCCCUGUGACAUUGCAUCUUGCUGGGGCCAAAGGAAGGGAGGGGGUGGGUAUGGGAUGGGCCAUUAGGGGGUGUAGGCUGCUUGCCUGAACAGGGCCUGGUGAGGGCACCUCAGACCAAAUAACAGUUGUUUCUGGAGACCCCAGUGAGGAAAACACAAGACCAAGAGCAGCCCAGAGGCCGAGUCUUCACAUGCAAACAGGAAGAAAAUAUAACACUGUGUAUUAAGCACCUUUUUCAAGGAUCUUAAUGGAUAAUAUUUAUUCAUGGGAAAAGGUGGAAAACAAAAUCAUCAAUGGAUUUUUGUGAAAUGUUUUUCUCCAUGGACCCAACACCUUUAAACCAAAACAAUGCAUUUUGUGAGGUUGGUUUUUAUUUUUCUCCUUUUAUAGCAAAAGCUUUUAGGCUCAAAGUCAGUUAUUGCUGAGUUCCCUCCCUGUUCCCAGGAGGAGUGAGGUCACCUUAGCUGGGCCCUCACUGACCAGCUGACCUACACAGAGCUGUUAAGAGACCACACAGCAACCCUUCUGCUCUGUUCAUCCGUCUGUCUCCCUUGUCUCUGUACCUAUCUGCUUCACCUUGGCUGUUUCUGUGUCCAACCAUCUGUGUCACCAUGGACAGACAGUAAAGCCUUCUUUGUCACUGCCAAGUACUGCAGAGCUGUGCCUGGGAGUCAGGCUGAGCAAAUGCAAACUCAGAAAAGAAAGGAAGCCACGUGGGGCGAGUUGAAGGGAGAGGUAAGUCUACCUUAUGAACAGAGGUGCUUCCCUUGGGAUUGGAACCACUUGUCUUUGCAGUGAUGUGGAGGGAGCUGGAGAAUGGUCACGUGAUUCACACUGGAUCUUGAAAAUGGACAUAGCGACUUCAGAGAGCAGUCAUUUCUGCUACACCCCAGUAAAAACAGAAGCACCACGGCUCACAGCUGCCAGAGCUCCAGGGCACCUUGUUAUGUACCCUCCUUUAGGAUCCACCAUAAAACCCAUGCAAUGCUCUGUCAAGAGGCUCCGUGAGCAUCCUCAAGUAAGAACAAGGGACUUACCACGCCUGAGGCAGUUCCUAUACAGAGGCUUCGAAGGUUAAGCCUGUGUGCCUCGUGAAGGAUGUUUCAAAGCAAGAAAGCAAGCAAGAGGCUCUAGAUGAUUCUCUCCUGGUCUAAAAGAUGCCUUGAGGUCUGAGUCCUCUUCAGGCCUCAUCUCUGAAGAUAGCUGGUGUGUGAGAACACUGGUGACCCCCAGUGUUUGUUCAAGUUACUUACAUGGUAGUGGGCCUGGGAAACAGUAUUUCUGGAAUCUUCCUAAUCAUUUUCACCACUUACAGUGGGGCAGGUGAUAGUGACACGAGCCCUUUCCCAACACCAGUUCCUUUCCUUGGGUCUCUGAAGCCUGGGCUCUGUGGAAUGGUCUCAUCCAUUCUACAGCUCACAGACAAGCUGUUCAUUUGCAACUCAAAAAUCUCUCUGCCUACUCCAGUUUAGAUGAGUUUUACUAGCCAGGGGCCUGAAAGUUCUUGUGGGGCUUCCAAGGUUUCAACCCCAGUGAUCCUGUGCACAGAGGAAUCCAGGUGUUUUGAGGUGGUACCAAACCAGAAAGUGGACAGAAAGGCAAAAGGUGUCCUUAUUUCCAUCUUUGUCUCUCUGUCCUUGUCCUCAGUGGCUAUUGGCAGUCCUUUCUCUAGAUCUAGCCUCAGGAUUGCCCCUUAUCGUGGGAAUAGAGUUAUUCUUGCAAUCCAGUAAUUCUAUACAUAUGUUUUAUCAGUCAAGGCAGAGAGCCAAGCUGGACCCAGUUUUAGCAGGUAGGCAAAGAACUAGAAAAGGAUCUUACUUUUGAAAGAAUGUCUGGGUGCAUGAUAUAUCCUACCGAGUGGGAUAAGGAUACAGGGUUUAAAAGGAACACUAUUGCAUUCACAGACAAGCCACCAUUCUAUUUUAAAAUGUCAUUACAGGCCUAGGAUAAUGACUCAACCAAGGAUCUUCUUGUCACUUAGACAGUGCACCAACACAGCAUACUAUGAUUCUCAUGAAAAGAAAUGUAUUUUAAAAACUGUGUCCCAAAAAUCCAUUUUUAUUGACUUGAGUGAACUGAAUAUUUGUGUUGCUUCUAUUUCAUUUCCAAAGCCCAUAUAAUGUCAGUUCCUUAAAAAAAAAAGCAUUAGACCAUCUUCAUUUUCAUUCCCUCAUUGCAGUCUUGGCUGGGGAUAAGGGACCCAGCUCACCUGUGCCCAAAGAUAUCAACCCAGGAAAACAGCUCACAGCCAUAUAUCUCCUAAAGGCUAUUUGUGAUUAAGUACAGGGGUAAAAGUGUGCUGGAUCAAUUUAGUAAGUCUGACUCUUCAGCUAGUAAGUGAAGAAACAGGAUAUCUGCAUCUUCUGGAAACCAAUAGCUUUCUGGGGCAAUGACUCAUGGUGCACAAACCAUGUUAGAAUAACGGAAAACUCCCCACCACCACUCCAUUCAACCCUAUUUAUUACUGGGGAGAGGAUAUCAAAAAGACAAAUAUAAAAAACCCUAAGACUACAUUCAAAUAAUAAAUGGGAAUAACUUGGAAAAUAUUGAGCAUGCGAGACCUCGAGAAGACUAAACAAUAGCUAAUUCAUUUUCCAGUGUAGAAAGCGAGGGCCCAGAGAACUUGACUCCCUCAAGGUAAUGUAGCCAGCUAAGGAUAGAGUAGGGACCAGAGCACAAGACCCUUGGCUACCAGUCUAAUGUGGUUUAGUUUUGUUUUGGGAUUUCUGUUGUUGUUACUGUUGUUUUUUUCAUCACACCCUUUGCCUCGAAGAGUUAAUAUGCUGGGGGACGGUCCAUCAAAGAUGCCAUGACAUAACUAGAGACACUCUUGCAUAAAUGUCAAUACAACUUGAUGUAGUCCUGGAAAUCACCUGACUAUAAUAAUACAAAUUAUAGCCAUGGAAGCCACCAUUUCCUGGGUAGAGCAAGCUAUGGGUGAUCAAACUAUAAGAAAUAAGUGAAAAGGGAAUGUCCAAGCUUUUUCAGUCAAAUGCUCGAUAUUCUCAAUGAAAAAGAGGCUUGGACAAUGGCAUUUCAAAGCAUACCUUUCUGUUGCUUCUCACUACAAUCUGUGAAGGUAGUCAACUCAGCAAAUCUUUGAUUCAAAGAAAUGACCACAAAGAAACUGAAUGACUCAUCCAAAGUUUCAUGGCAAGUUAAUGGCAGCAUUAUGAUUUGGUCCAGGACUUAGACAUCAUGUCCUGGGAGUGUCUUCUAUAUCCUACUUUAUGACUCUAAGGUUUAAAGCUUGAUUUCAAGGGUGAUGAUUGGGGGAAGCAUUCCUGAAGUAUCAGGACCUCCUGAAACAGACCAUUAUUUCUUCUGAAUUCCCAUUUUCCCUAACUAGUCUCAAGCUCAGGACUAAUUGUACAAGAACCCCUUUCAAAAGACCAGUAGAUAUUCUCAACAACUAAACAUUAUUAGUCUAUGACCACAUAAUUUAAACAGAUGUUAAGGAGGAUGGUAAAUGAUGAACUGUGGUUGACAAAAGUCACAUACAGAACUGCUGGGGAUGUUAUACAGUUUGUUUUUUUUGUUUUCCCUGCAGUUCAGGAUCAAGUCAUUUUCUUGUCAGAAUGCAGGUGGGGGAAGUACCUGAGAUCAUUAUAUGCCUAGAUUGUUUCCCUUGUCUUUUUAAAAAUAGCAGUAGUGAUUGAAAUUGAGCUAGCAUUAGAUAUGAAAUUAUUAAUGGAUUCUAGUGAUUCAGGCUCCCUCACUUCAAUUACUAGGUAACUAAGUAAGGCAAAAGGAUCCCAAUACCAUUCAUUUGAAGUAAUAGUUUCCCUUUCAUGCUAGUUGGCAUGGUAACCACCAUAUGAGGAACAUGAGAUUUUCAUUUUUCCUCUGGUUUUGUAAUGAAUUCCCGUUACUUGUAAAGCUUUAAAAUGAUGGGACAAAGGAAAAACAUUGUUAUGACCCAUGACACUUGGAGCCCAAACAGCAUCAUGAAAAGCAUUAGAACCUGGGAAAGUGGCUUUGAAAACGAAGUGACUUUUUAAAGGGGUUCCUUAUGGGUCUUGUUUUUUAUUCAGGAUAUUCUAUGUUUUCUCAUCAAAUGUGGGAAUGACAUUUAUCUUAGCAGGUUAUUUAAACUAUGCUGGCUGAUGAGACAUUAGCCAGUGCAGGGCACUGACCCAAGUUCUGGGGGACUCCUUGGACCAAUGGACUAUUUUACAAACCAGGGAGGUGGGAGGGAUGGUAUAUUUUUGAUAACCAGACAUUCCAAUGUUUUCCUUAGAGGUCAUGAGCUCCCAUUAAUGUUCUUGUGAAAAACAUGUUCUUUUCUAUUUUCAUAUGAUUACUGGGCUUUGCUUAACAACAUCACAAUGGCAAAGGAAUACACUGUACAAAACUGCAGGAAGACAAAUGUGAAAACUUUCUGUGGGGGAAGAAAAAGCUCUUAAGUUUCUUGUCUUCUUUUGAAACUGUAGUGCAUAUGUUAUAACAUGUAUAUCAUUUACAGUAUUGAGUCCUGUGUCACUGCUGUACUGAUGUAUCCAAUCUGGAUUAAACAAACUAUGUGCCACAA